AUGGCUGCGGCCGCAAUGCGCGCAUCGCCCGACAUGGCAAACGGCGGCACCGACCCACAAAGUACCAAUGGGGCACGAAGAGGCAGUCGCAAGUACAACCCAGUUGACCCAGACAUUACCGGCUACGAAGACGACAUGGACCGUGAAUUAUCAACAGCAGGGGUUACGUAUCAACGACCUGCUCCAAAAACUACACCGGGACAAAAAGGACGGUCCUUCUCGGCCAGAGCCGGUAAUCAACCGGCCGCCAAUUUGAACUAUACGACGCGCAAGCCUGUCCCCGAUAUGCCUCCAGGCAUCUCAGAUGAAUCGACCACCCCACGUGGCCUGCCUCCUGCCGAGUAUAACCCGGAACUCGAUGCAGCUAUACAGAGCCAGGAGAACGUACAUCCGUCGGCCCCCAUUUCCCCGGGGCAGCCAUCUCCGCUAAGUCGCUCAAAUACAACACAGUCCACAGCAGGGAAACAGCGAAACUGGGCAUCAGAUCGUUCGCCAUUGCAAAAGCUAGAAGUGACUCUGAAUGGAAUCAGCAAGGAGGAGAAGCGAGCGCGGGUCCAAGAAGCAGAAAUGCGCGUCCGAGAACGUCUUGCUCGCCAGAAGGCCGAACGUGAGAAAGCUGAAUCAACAGCCAUUGUCCCUCCGCCGAGUCAGCUGCCAGAGACCCGUGCUGCUUUGGGGCCACCCAGAAAGAGUGAGCGCAAGGAAAUUAUUACCGGAGAUAUUCCUCGAGAUGCACCAAUGACACGCCAACCCGAAGGCCUCGCCAUGCGCCAUAAUAGAAAUGUCUCUACAAAAACCCAGUAUCCGGCUAUUCAGCGACCUGAAGAUGCUCAAUAUGCCCAGGCAGAGGCCGCUGUACCCGUCUCAGCGCAGAUGAGCAGUGUUCCUCAGAGAUCUGUGACAAUGAGCGGACCAGCAGCAAAACCAGGGCAUGCCGGUGGUCGCCCCCCGAAUCGCUCUGUUUCUCAGUCAAAGCCCGUACGAUCUGCUGCAGUGGCUGCAGUGGCUGCAGAAGCAGAGAGGGUGGAGACUCCGCCGGCAGUACGAAUAGCACGAGCAGCCCAAGAAAGUGUCGAGCCACGCCAGAAACCGAAGCGAGUAAAACAAACAGUGUCGUUCAAUGUGCCGCCACCCACACCUCCCCCGGUUUUCGAAUGGAAGGAUUCACCAGCUGCUCAUCUUGGUGCGGCUGAUUUUGAUUUCCAACAUCUCGACAUCAACAGGAGCAAAGCGUGGUGGGAAGGCGGCGGCACCAAAGACCGCCGCAAGAGCAGGGCUCUCCCCAAAAACUAUCAAACACCGGCUCAGAAGCUGACAGGUGUAACUGAGCACAAGAACUUCCAGCCCAAGCUUUUCUUGAGAUGCGGUCCCCUUCUGCGGUAUACGGGCAUCAAAAAAGUCAACAUUGAUAGUUCCCCUGGCCCUGUUGAAAAGGAGAUCUGGCGAGGCUCCAUCUUGAUCGUGACGAAGGCCUCUCGCUCCUCAUACGAUAACUCGCCUAACUUGAGGUUGUUCUCCCAGCCAAUGGACCUCCUCCCUCCUCCUCCGGCAGAGGUCAGUGGGGAUAACGGAGCGGAGCUUGCACCUGAAUACAUUGACCCGACGGCGGGUUUAAUGAAAGUUGGUCGCGAUGGACGACCACUCUACGUCAAGCCAGUUGACCAUCUUGAAGAAGAAGUUGAUUUGUCGGCCGUGGAGAAUGACGAUGGCCUCUAUGAGCUAUCACCCAGCAUGACUGAUCACACGCCGGAAAAUGUCAAGCAGCCUAUUCCUUCCAACCGAAUCCACUCAGUUGAUGGAGAGACAGCGGGGUUGCACCGUGAUAUCUCCGGAGUCCGUCUCUACGCUGAUCCUGCGCGAGAUGUGACAUUCUGGCGAUUCAAUCUCGAGAUCGAGCUCAGCUCGACGCAGCAGCGGAUUGCGUACCGAAUAAACCAGGGCCCUGCCUUGGGCUUCUGGGUGCCGGCCAUGGGCCAGCCCAUGAAUAUCAUGUUCCACAGCGGCAACGGAUUUGGCCCCUCUGUCGAUUCUAAUCGGUUUUGCGGACCCGAUCCCCUCUGGCGAGAUAUUCUGAAUGAGCACCAGACUCGGCCCUUCCAUGUGAUGAUUGGCGGAGGUGACCAGAUCUUCAAUGACUCGGUUAUCACGGAUUCGGUUGAAUUCCAGGAAUGGAUCAAGAUCAAGAAUGCUGUAGAGAGAUACGGGGCGCCAUUUACCUCCGAGUUCCGUGCCGAACUUGAACAGUUCUACCUGGAGCGCUACGCUUCGUGGUUCUCGCAAGGCCUUUUCUCUCUUGCAAACUCCCAGAUCCCGAUGAUCAAUAUGUGGAAUGACCAUGAGAUCUUCGAGGGCUUCGGCUCCUACCAUGAAGAUUUCAUGAAUAGUAUGGUCAUUUCAGGUUUGGGACGAAUUGCAUUCAAGUAUUAUUUGUUAUUCCAGCACCAUAGCGUGCCGGAGGAAACCGAGGCCGAUGAGCCCAGCUGGCUUCUCGGUGCUCAUCCAGGCCCCUACAUUGAGCAGAGAAGUCGAAACCUGUUCAUGUCUCUUGGAAACGAUGUUGUUCUUCUUGGCCUGGAUUGUCGAACUGAACGAAAAAGUAAUGAGGUCCUCACCGAGGAAACCUGUGACCUUAUCUGGGAUCGCUGCCACCGAGAAAUAAUCAAGGGAGAAACAAGGCAUUUGAUCGUGCUUUCCAGUGUACCCAUUGCCUACCCUCGAGUAGCAAUGCUCAAGAACUUCUUGAAUAGCCGCAAGUCGCUAGGCAAGGCCGGAAUGCUUGGCGGGCUUGUCAAUCGAUCAGGAGGCAACGUGGAGGUAUUUGAUGACCAUUGGGCCGGAAAACACUUGAAGUCCGAGCGAACUUGGCUGGUUGAGGACUUGCAAGACCUUGCUGCAGAGAAAUCUGUUCGGGUGACAAUUCUCAGCGGUGAUGUUCAACUGGCUGCCGUUGGACAAUUCUAUUCCAGCACAGAUUUGGCCGUUUCCAAGGAUCGCGACUACCGAUACAUGCCAAACGUCAUUUCCUCUGGCAUCGCAAAUAUGCCCGAGACAGAGCUGAUCUCGGACAUGCUCAACAAGCGCAACACUGUGCACCACAUGGACUCGAAUACAGACGAGGACAUGAUUCCCAUUUUCACCCAAGAUGUUGACGGCAAACCCCGAAACAACAAGCGUUUGCUUCCUCGACGGAACUGGUGUUCUAUUCGAGAAUACCUUCCUGGUUCGACGCCAGUUGGCACACCCGAGUCGGAGAUGCCACCGACCCCAGAGCCCCGUCCUGGUAAGCUUCUGCGAACCCUCUCUCUGGGUCGUGGGGACAAGGGAGCUGGCGGCAAACCACCCGGUCUUCUGCGCCGUCUGUCUACACGGGGACCGCCUCCGACAAGGACAAUGAGCCUUGGCGGGGCUGGCGCGGCUCGCCGAUCGAGCGUUGAUGCUCCCUUCUCUCGUCCUCAUGAGAAUGGAGACAGCUAUUUCCCUGGUGAACAACAAGUUCCGCAGCCCGGUCGCUUCCAUCGCCGGCCAACCAAUCUCAGCGAGAAGGCAGCAAAGAAAGCUGCCAAACAAGGCGAUGACGGCGCAGGCGCCUUUGUCGAUCUCGAGGGCGGCCUAGCCAUCACCUUGAACAUGGAGAUCAGCCCGCAGGAUCCCUCUGGUAUCACUGUACCCUACAAACUUCUCGUGCCCGCAUUGCGCUACGAGGGCACCGAGUAUGAUCCACCGCCCACGCAGGUAGCCAAGGGAUGGCGAAAAUGGCUGAAUGUGCCACGCCGCAAGAAACAAGCUGAGCGUAACGAGGCUGACGAUGACGAACCCGAUGAUUACGAGGACCAUGACACGAUAAAUAAUACCCGCGCCAACGCUGCCGCCACUGACCCUAACCAGUAUGAAGGAUACCCCGGCAGCGAGGAGGAUUCAGAUGAGGUGCCUCAGCAACUGUCGCCCGAGGCUCUUACCGAUUCAUCGCCCUAUGAGGAAGAAGAACCAAAUCAGCAGAAACGGAAGAAGUGGUUCGGGAUGAUUUGA